AUGGGCGCGCUCCGGGCCGGUGCCCUCGCCUUCCUUCUCCUCCUCCUCCUCGGCUGCCUCCUGCCCCGGCGCGGCCCGCUCAGGCUGGUCUCAGGGCGGGAGGAGAUUAAAGCUGGUUCCCGAAACCCACCCCAGCCCAUGUCACCCUCUGAUUUCCUGGACAAGCUCAUGGGACGAACCUCAGGGUAUGACGCCCGCAUUCGGCCCAACUUCAAAGGUCCGCCUGUCAACGUGACGUGCAACAUCUUCAUCAACAGCUUUGGCUCUGUCACCGAGACCACCAUGGACUACCGGGUGAACGUGUUCCUGCGGCAGCAGUGGAACGACCCCCGCCUGGCUUACCGGGAGUACCCUGAUGACUCCCUCGACCUCGACCCCUCCAUGCUCGACUCCAUCUGGAAACCAGACCUGUUCUUUGCCAACGAGAAAGGGGCCAAUUUCCACGAGGUCACCACCGACAACAAGCUCCUGCGCAUCUUCAAGAAUGGCAACGUGCUCUACAGCAUUAGGCUGACGCUGAUCCUGUCCUGCCCCAUGGACCUCAAGAACUUCCCCAUGGACAUCCAGACAUGCACCAUGCAGCUGGAGAGUUUUGGAUACACCAUGAACGACCUCAUCUUCGAGUGGCUGGAGGAGCAGGAGGCCGUGCAGGUGGCAGAGGGCUUGACACUCCCACAGUUCAUCCUCAGGGAUGAGAAGGACCUGGGCUACUGCACCAAGUACUACAACACAGGCAAGUUCACCUGCAUCGAGGUGAAGUUCCACCUGGAGAGGCAGAUGGGUUACUACCUGAUCCAGAUGUACAUCCCCAGCCUACUCAUUGUCAUCCUCUCCUGGGUCUCCUUCUGGAUCAACAUGGAUGCGGCACCGGCCCGGGUGGGCUUGGGCAUCACCACGGUGCUCACCAUGACCACGCAGAGCGCCGGCUCCCGCGCCUCCCUGCCCAAGGUGUCCUAUGUGAAGGCCAUUGACAUCUGGAUGGCCGUGUGCCUGCUCUUCGUCUUCGCCGCCUUGCUGGAGUACGCAGCCGUCAACUUUGUCUCGCGCCAGCACAAGGAGUUCAUGCGCCUGCGCCGCCGCCAGCGACGGCAGAGGAUGGGCCUGAGCAGCAGCACGGCCAGCCUGGAGUCCCCGCGGCAGCCGAGCAGCCGGCACAGCAGCGAGCACACCUACGCGACGCUCUCGCAGCUCUCCAGCUCCCGGGAGGAAGAGCUCAGCCGCGAGAGCCGCUUCUACCUGCGAGGCUACGGGCUGGGCCCCUGCCUGCAGCCCAGGGAGGCGGCUGGGGAGGGCCCCGGAGCGUUCAGCCCCCCGGGAGCCGCGGCCGUGCUGCGGGAGGGAGAGAGCCUCCGCAGGCGCUACAUCGACCGCGCCAAGCGCAUCGACACCGUCUCCCGAGCCGUCUUCCCCUUCACCUUCCUGCUCUUCAAUAUCUUCUACUGGGUGGUUUACAAAGUGCUGCGCUCAGAGGACAUCCACCUGGUGCCCUGA